AUGGAGGCCCGGUGUCAAUGUGGUUCUGUGACUUUCAAGACUCCCCUGCCUCAACCUCUUGCUCUCUACAUCUGUCACUGCGACGCUUGUAGACGACAAACGGGCUCGGCUUUUGGCACUUCGGCCAUCUUUCCUCGCUUCGAGUUGCCUGAUACGGACCUUCUAAGCGUGUAUAGUCGACCUACAGCAUCGGGACAUCAACUCUACUGUUACUUUUGUCGCAAAUGCGGAACUCGUCUCAUCCACUCAACUCCUUCCAAAAACGUUAUAUCCGUCAAGGGAGGCUGCCUCGACGGAUUGGACUGGAAACGCGCGGUGCACAUCUGGACCAAGACGGCCAUGGUUCCUAUCCCCGAGGGUUCUGAAACCCAUUCGGAGGAAUCGGGAUAUACGGACUACGGUUCGACCCAGGAGGAGCUCGACCAGCCUGGAGAUUUGGUGGGAAGCGCCGGAUGCAACGUGCCUCCCAGCGAAAAGACUGGCUCGAGUUCUGUCAAGGUGAAUGGGGGUGAAAACUGA